GCGGGUUAAUAAACCCCGGGCAGGGGGGCGGGGUUUACAAAUCCCGAGUGUGGCCCCAGAGCCGAAUAUUAAACAAUGAACAUUCUCCACUCUCACUAUCCGCCGCUUCCGGCUUCUCUACUGGAGCAACCUCAAACAAAGAGACCAGGGGGAGACAGUGGCCUAGUGGGAAUGUCACCAGAUCAGUAAUUCAGAGGCCCACUCAUUACCCAAGACAUUAUCACUCGCUGCGUCAAAAGAAGUUCUUACCCACAUCUCCCUUCUGUAUUUCUUGCACAAAAUAUUUUUGAUCAGUUAAUGGGAACAAUUAAUCUUUAUCCACCUUGUAUAAAACUAGCAUAAACUUGUACACCUCUAUCAAAUCUCCCAGCAAUCGGCUUCACUACAAGGAGAACAAUCCCAGUUUCUCCAACCUAACUUUGCAACUAUAAUCCCUCAUCCCUGGAACCAUUCUGGUAAAUCUCCUCUGCACCCUCUAAAGGACCCUCACAUCCUUCAUAAUGUGUGGUGAUCACUGGUUUGCACAGACCCAGAUGUUCUGUGUUCGUGUUUGUGAUGUCAUCAUGCACUGACAAUUGUGCAGUGACAUCACCCCGCUCCCCGGGUAUUUCCUCAACUGGGAGAUUUUUCUCUGACUCCAGUGCUUCUCAUAUCUUUCCAGCUCCUGGCUCCAGCAGGAGAAUUUAAAAUUGAAAACUGAAAUUGUUUCAGAGAACCGAGUCUAGAAACACAUACAGACCAACUCAGAGCUAGUUUGUAGCAGUAUAGGCAUUGGUGGCAGACGUUCACCCCUGGCCACCACUACAGGUCCAUUUUCUUCCAGGCAUACAGAAGGAAGCUCUUUAACUCAUUGAGCCCAUGCUGGCUCUCAGCAAGAUCUGAUUGGUUAGUGCCACAAGACCAGCAUAUAUUACCAAUCCCCAGUUACCUGUGGAGAAGAUGUUUGAUUUUCUUGACCCGCUGCUGUCUGUGUGGUGAAGGUGUUCCCACAAUGUUUUAGUUUCACAAGGGAUUAGAAGGGGAGGAUUUACAGUUCAGAAACUCAAACCUAACAUCACAUCAGGAUUUAGUGAAGUCACCCAAUUUACUGGACUUUGAACAUGGAAGGAAAAAUCACUGUUCACAGUGGGGAGAAACCAUACAUGUGUACUGUGUGUGGACGGGAUUUCAACCAAUCAUCUGACCUGUCGAGACACAAGUGCAGUCACAACAGGGAGAAGCUGUGGAAAUGUGGGGACUGUGGGAAGGGAUUCAGUUACCCGUCUGAACUGGAAACUCAUCGACACAGUCACACUGGAGAGAGACCGUUCACCUGCUCUGAGUGUGGGAAGGGAUUCACAAAGUCAAACAACCUGUUGAAGCAUCAGCGAGUUCACACUGGGGAGAAGCCAUUCUCCUGCUCUGACUGUGGGAAACGAUUCACACAGUCAUCGCAACUCCUGAUGCACCAGCAUGUUCACACUGGCGAGAGACCUUUUAACUGCUUAGUCUGUGGGAAGUGCUAUAAAAGUUCCUGGGAACUGAUGUCCCAUCAACGUGCUCACACUGAGGAGAGACUUUUUAAAUGCCUGGAUUGUGGGAAGUGCUUUAAAAGUACCAGUGAACUGAUGCUUCAUCAACGUGUUCACACUGAUGAGAAACCGUUCAGGUGCUCUCACUGCGGGACUGGGUUCAGGCAAUCAUCUCAACUCUCUACACACCAGUACAUCCACACGAGGGAGAGGCCGUUUACCUGCUCUGAGUGUGGGAAGGGAUUCACUCAGUCCUCCACCCUGCUGAGACAUCAGCAAGUUCACACUGGGGAGAGGCCGUUCAUUUGCUCUGAGUGUGGGAAGAGAUUCACUCAGUCUUCCCACCUGCUGAAACACCGGCGAGUUCAUGAGUGACUGCAGGGGUUGGAUUCUGCUGUAAAUCAUGUUCAGGACUGAACCAUGUCAUUGUCGUCUAUUUCUGCUGAUGUUAAUAAACUUCAGCCCAGUUAUUGGAGUUAAUAUUCUGGAUAAA